GAAAGCCAAGCCUGCAAAAGUCACUCACUGCAAUGCCAACGCUCUCUCUAUACUUUUUUUCUCUCUCUAGCUUUCCUUGUCUGAGCUUAGUGGUUGUUUCCAGAUUGAUCAGCUGAUCAGCUGAAGCAGGAAAUGGUGAAAGAAACUGAGUACUACGAUGUCCUCAGCGUCACUCCCUCCGCUUCUGAGGAGGAAAUUCGCAAAGCUUAUUAUCUUAAGGCAAAGCAAGUUCACCCGGAUAAAAAUCCGAAUGAUCCUCAGGCUGCCGAAAGAUUUCAGGUACUAGGCGAAGCUUAUCAAGUUUUGAGUGAUCCGGUGCAAAGAGAUGCUUAUGAUCGAAAUGGAAAGCAUUGCAUAUCUAGGGACACCAUGCUUGAUCCCACAGCUGUUUUUGCUUUUCUUUUCGGAAGUGAAUUAUUUGAGGACUACGUAGGACAUGUAGCAGUAGCAUCAAUGGCUUCCUCUCAAUUAGCUGGUGAAGGUGACAGCACCGAGAAGGUGCACGAUAAAUUGAAGGCUGUUCAGAAAGAAAGAGAAGAAAAGCUCGCUAACUCGCUGAAAGGUUUUCUUAACCAAUAUGUUCUAGGUGACAAAGAGGGAUUCUUAGAGCAUGCUGAAUCCGAAGCUAAACGACUUUCUGAUGCAGCCUUUGGAGUUGAUAUGCUGCACACUAUUGGCUACAUAUAUUCGAGACAAGCAGCACAAGAGCUUGGAAAGAAAACCAUAUUCCUAGGGGUACCAUUCGUGGCUGAGUGGGUCCGUAAUAAGGGACAUUUCUGGAAGUCACAGAUGACUGCUGCAAAGGGUGCUUUUCAGUUGCUACAGCUUCAGGAAGAAAUCCGUCGGCAAUUUAAAAUGGAUGGUAGUGGCCCUGAAAAUGAUGCUGAAUCGCAUAUACGCUUAAACAAAGACACACUAUUGAACUCAUUGUGGAAACUCAAUGUGGUGGACAUCGAAGUAACGCUCUUGCAUGUUUGCCAAAUGGUUUUACGGGAAAAUAAUGUUAGGAAGGAGGAACUUAAAGCUCGUGCUCUGGCGUUAAAACAUCUGGGAAGGAUAUUUCAGGAGGAAAAGCAGACGCGAAAUGGUGGAACGUCAAGAAGGAAAAGUUCUGUUGACAAGGAUGAUGAUGGAAGCAGUUCAGAUAGCAGUUCUGAAGAGGAUUCACCCCAACCGCUUUCAUAUAGAACUCCCUUUCUCACUCAGCAGGGUAUUGGCAGACUGUUCAGAUGCCUUUGUAAUCCAGCAUAUGACGUCGACGACGACGAAGAGAUUGUGUACAAAAGCAAAUGAAAAUAUACGAUGUUGAAUGGUGCAAGCCAGUGUUGUGUGUAAAUGUAUUUACCCAAUGCCUUUAUACUUCUGAGGAACAACUCCAUUUUUCAAAAAUAUUUUCAAAGUACAGUGAUAUAUUGUUAAUCACCAACAUUAUAUGUGAAAUUUUCUCUGUGAUUUGCUGAUA